UUGACUUGAAGCAACUAAAUCUGCACCUCUAGAGAAUUUUUUUUUUACAUUCUGGAUAUUUUUUUUUUUUUUAAUGUGACAGCUCGUAAUAAAACAAGAAUCAACAUUGGCUUGGCUUCACAGCGAUGGCAAGGACUGAGGGAUGUGAAAAAGUGAUGCGGAGAUGGUGUUUUUAUUAGAAAAGUUUGAGGCAUCCUGUCCUGAAGGUCUGUGUCCAGGAUGGAGUAUUAUCCUGAAAGGAGAGACUCCAGCAGAGGCCAGCAAGUUUGAAAUCAAUUUCCUGUGUGAACGCGAUGACAAAGUAGCUUUCCAUUUCAAUCCCCGCUUCACUGAAUCAGAUAUCAUCUGCAACUCCUAUAUGGCCAACCACUGGGGGCAAGAGGAGAGGUGCAGCAGCUUCCCCUUGGGAGUAGAGGAGCCUUUCCAGAUUGAAAUUUACUCUGACGAUGAUAACUUCUACGUUUACAUUGACGAAACCAAGGUGAUGCAGUAUAAGCACCGGGUGGAAGAACUGAAGACCAUCACAAAAGUACAAGUGGUGAAUGAUGUCAAUAUCUCCUCUUUAGAGAUCACCAAAAAACACUUCUACUGAGGGUGGAUAGUAAGGUCAAGCAGAUGAGUCAUUUUGAGUGAGCCUUAUUUUUGUUUACAGUGGGUUAUUGUUUAUUACAUUCAUGUUUUCACACUUUUCAUGCUUCUUGGGUUCAUCUGCCCAUAGAGAUGUGAUUAUUGGUAUUGACAUGCCUUUCAUUUGAAUCUGUCAAUAAAUGGAAGGUUUAAAAAAAGAUUCAUUAAAGACUCGUCUGGUCAGUUUUCUGGGUGACUUCCUGUUUUCGUCAGUGUCAAAAAAGAUUCUGCGGAUCCAUCUUGGCCUGCUUAUAAGAAAAUGUCCUAAGAAAUCAGUACUAAAAAUAUGCUCACGUCUCAUUGAAUAACAACACAAAAAUCAAUAGUCUCGUUCUACUGUGACAUCACAUGUAUUCUCUGCCAAAAUACCCAAAAUGUUUCACAUUGUCUUUGCAAAGAAGGAUUUACUGUAGAAUAGAAA